UAAUGCUGAUUCUCCGUGUGCUUUUUCUGCAAUCCUUGCGCGCCGCGUCCGGAAGUUUUCACGCGAGUUUAUUUUCGGGGUUUGCUUUCUUCAAGUGUCGUAACAACCCGGCAGCGAUCGAGAGAGAUGGCCGCCAUCAACGCGGUGUCCCUGCGCAACCAGCUGGCCCAGCUGACCAACUCGUCCGGCAUCCACAAGGAGCAGGCGGACAAGUAUCGCGCCCUGCUGGAGCAGAUUCUGCUCAACACCGAAACCGAACUGGUCGAAACGCUCAAGAUCUUCAUUGAAGCCAUCGUCAACGAGCACGUCAGCCUGGUAAUCUCCCGGCAGGUGCUGUCGGACGUGGGCGCCCACUUGACCAAGCUGCCGGACGACAUCUCGAAGGCGGUGUCGCACUUUACGCUGGACAAGGUUCAGCCGCGGGUGAUUUCGUUCGAGGAGCAGGUCGCCAGCAUCCGGCAGCACCUGGCGCAGAUCUACGAGCGCAACCAGAACUGGAAGGAGGCGGCCAACGUGCUCGGGGGGAUCCCGCUGGAGACGGGACAAAAACCCUACUCGUUGGACUACAAACUGGAGACUUAUCUGAAGAUCGCACGGCUCUAUCUGGAGGACGAAGAUCCGGUUCAGGCGGAGGCGUUCAUCAACCGUGCCUCGAUUCUGCAGGCGGACAGCAAGGACGAGAAGCUGCAGAUUCUGUUUGAAGUUUGCUACGCCCGCGUUCUGGACUAUCGCCGCAAGUUCAUCGAAGCUGCCCAGCGGUACAACGAGCUGUCCUAUCGAACCAUCGUAGACGAGGGGGAACGCAUGACGGCACUCAAGAAGGCACUCAUCUGUACGGUCCUGGCCUCGGCCGGCCAGCAGCGAUCCCGCAUGUUGGCCACCCUCUUCAAGGACGAACGCUGCCAGCAUCUGCCGGCGUACUCGAUUCUCGAGAAAAUGUACCUCGACCGGAUCAUUCGCCGAUCGGAGCUGCAAGACUUUGAAGCCCUGCUGCAGGCCCACCAGAAGGCGUCCACCGUGGACGGAUCGACGAUCCUGGACCGGGCCGUGUUCGAGCACAAUCUGCUCUCGGCCAGCAAGCUGUACAACAACAUUACGUUCGACGAGCUGGGAUCGCUGCUGGAAAUUCAGCCAAACAAGGCCGAACGGAUCGCCUCGCAGAUGAUCACCGAGGGGCGCAUGAACGGCUACAUCGAUCAGAUCGACGGCGUCGUGCACUUUGAAACUCGUGAAAUUCUGCCCCAGUGGGACAAGCAAAUCCAAAGCCUGUGCUACCAGGUGAAUGGGCUGAUUGAGAAGAUCAGCGCCGCCGAACCGGAGUGGAUCAGCAAGGUCAUGGAGGAAGAGAUGUGCACCUAAUAAGGAGGAAGUCGCUUCGAAGAUAGAACAUGCUCUGAUACAGAGAUUCGAUAAAUGAUUAAUUAAAACGCA